AUGAGCGAUUACGUGUUGGUCUCUCAAGAUGUAUCCGCAACGGUUGAGUUCGAGCGCUAUGCCCUCUGUGGUUGGACUCGACUCGCUUUCGUGCAUCGCGGCGAAUGGAAACCUGAUGAAUCGACUGAUGAAACCGUUUCAUUCAUGCUACCAUUCGUGAUACCUACUGUAGAACAUGCUACUUACAAGAGAGUCAUCGUAAAUGGCACCGAUGCGACCUUCCAUCUUGCCAAAACACUGGAUCCUGCAACCAAUGCUGAAGCCGUAAAUAAUGCUUGCCAAAAUGUCGACAUUAUGACCUUUGACGGCAUACAUGUUGUGGCACAACAGAUUUAUGAUGCGUUGUUAUAUGUAGAACUAGAGGAGGUAUAUCCAGAGCUCACAGUGGAACUGCAAUUCGAGUACCUACAUCUGAAAAAUGUAACAGAGGAUAUAUUUUUCAGACAAUAUUGGUUACUACCACGAUGCUCUACAAGUUAUCGUGAAUAUACCAUUUUCACAUCAAACCCAAGUUGUGAAAGAUGGUUCCCAACUGCAUUGAUCACAAAGGGAAUUGGGAUAGAUCAAGACUGUGUAUACCGUAUAGAGGUUUCUGUACCCCAGGGUUACACAGCUAUAUCUGGGCUGCCGGUAAACGACGAUAUAUCGAUGUCGGAAGGCAUGGGUGGGACUGCAGAAAAUAGCACUUUCAGAUUCAAGUGGGUCUCUAAUGAAGGUCUCGGGGUUAUGCCGCAACACAGUUUCUCACUGUUUGCGGGAGAAUUUGAAUUAUGGGAUGGAACAUUUCUACAAAAGAUAAAAGCAGGUGAUAAAGAAAAGGGAAGACGGAUAUUAGAUGAUGAGGAUUGCAUGGAAGACUUUGCAAGGAAAACACCUUACGUUCUCAACAAUAAAGCCCCUGUUACCUACGCGACACUUAAAGGGUUUGGAUUCCUACUCGAACCAACUAAUAUAACCACUUCACAGUGCCUAGAGUCAUUUCGUAAGCUACUCGAUAUAGACACACCGAAAAGAGUCUUCCUUAUCUUCCUGCCGCUACAGCCCUUUCAAACGUCAACUAACAUGGCAGCACAGAUACGAACGCAGAACUAUCUGGAUGUGAAACGAUGCACAGCAUUUACAGGAUCUGAAACAUAUCUGCAUACAUCACUUGUGGAACCAUUGACGUAUACCUACCACGGUAUGUACUUUCGCAGUGCUAGCAACAUAACCGUAUAUUCAAUGGAUAUAUUACACAGUUACAGCGAUAUCGAUAAUGACUCCAGGACUAUGGAUUGUAGAUUAGUGGUGAUAUACGGAUUGGCAGCACUGUUCACAUUGAGAAAAUGGGUGAACCCCUCCAGGGAUAUGCAUCUAGAUAUCAUGCUACAAUCAUACCUUGUUGAUCAGUUUAUAAAGCGAUAUAUGGGUAUAAAUGAGCACAGGGUUCGAUUAUGGGCACGACGUGAUGUUUUUGCCACAAUCACCGAAAUAUUUGGUGACCCCUUUCCUUUAUGUCAAAACAAAGGCACUUCAACGUCAUCGCACGUGCUACUUGCAGAUAAAGCCUUCGUUCUCAAGUGUCACAUACUACCUACUAUUCUAGAUGCUUUGUUUACGACGUCAAACUUUCUACCAGACAGUUUCUUCAUACAGUCGAUGCGUCGCCGCCUAGUCGCUGUGACCAAUGCUAAUUCUGCAACUUUCAGGAUGGAUCUUAACUGUGUCUCCAAAACAAAAAACAGCGAUAGCUUUGCUGUGGCCACUGAUGGUAACAAUUUUUGGAACAUGGUUAGUGAAGAGAUUGUCCGACGCUAUAUCCAUGUCUGGAAUGCCAGACCACCAAAUAGAUUGGUGCUACAAAACCAGCUUGAUGCAAAUUGCAAACUAGAGGAUAUAUUGAAACGCGGUGUAGAACAUGACCACCUAAGCUCUAUUAUGAAACAGUACACAAGCCUCGUGAGCUCGUUCGUACACGGCACUGGUUGCCCGCAGAUGAAUAUGAGUUUCUCCGUACAGUUACAGAGAAAGGGUACAUCUAUGGAUCAUCUCAAUUUCAGAGUAGAUGUCAAGUCGCUACAACCGCCAUUAGAUGUACAAAAGAAUGGAAGGAGCUCAUAUAGUAUCUGUAGCGUAGCAAGUUUGGCAAUGCGAAAUCUCCGAGCGACCUAUUCCAGACUUGCAGCUAUGUUACAGCUGGAAGAGCAUUCUGGCGGUCCUACUGACAUAGUAUUUGAGCGCUUAUCGCAGCUAUUUGGGUUAUGUGGGUCAGACCAUUGUCCUAACGUACCGCAGCCAUUGGAUUUUGCUGAUACCACAAUAAGUAUCGUCGGGUCAACGGAAAUCGCUACUUUGCGUCGCAACAUGGGUUUAAUACAAAUGUGGCAUGAUCCCGUUGAUUUAAUUGGCCGUGAUGGUAACUUUUUGAUGGGAUUUGGUUAUAUUGGACCCUUCCCGCAUUCCUUCUGUCUAGGUAAUGGACCCAUAUAUGAUUGUCUCGAGGUACUAAGGCAGCAUUGCGAUAUAAGCAGCAUGUUAGAUGCGUAUAUCGAUAAUGGCAGUACCUACUGUGGUUCUUACACAUUUAAAAAUGGCUUUGAACGUAUCAUGGGCAAGGGCAGCCUACCUAUUGCUUCUAAUGGCGGUACACCAUUUUGGCAAUCCGUUCAUCAACAAGCCGUGAUGAUAGCCCCGGAAAAGGCUUCGGUACCACUAUCUGCAGGAGUUUCGAAGCAAUGGAUCACCACAUUUAAAGUAGAUAUUGUAGAAGAUGACGGUGUAAGGGAAAAUGUUAAGGUGAUUGGUGACCUGGUUCCUACCAGUUAUAAGGUGAACCCGCGUGCCGAACGUGGUCGUAAGAAGGUGGCUAUAAAGGGCAUACCUGAAAAGGAUCUUGAAGAUGCUAUUGAUGACACACAACGUAGAAGUGCCUAUAUAGGACACCAUAGUGAAAGUGAUCGUUUGGUUAUAGAAUGGAUGAAAAUGCUAUUCAUUGGUAUGCACCCAGAACUCGCUCAACUUGAUAACCGUUCGGUAGUUGCUAAGAUAUGUAGUAAAGUACGCCUACCUGUGCUGUGGAUGAGUGUUGACAGUGGUUUUAGCCUUAUUGCACGUAUCCGACGCUGCCAAAGCAGCAGUAUGUGGGAACAGCAGCUUUUAAGUGACAACAACAUUUAUGGCCAGUUAGAUUCUGCUGCUGCUAUGGGUUCUUUUGGACGCAGCGUCAACUACACCACUUGCGACAAUCCUAUCGUACGUGUAGCAGUUUCCAAGCUGGAGCUGAUGAUUCGGCGUCAUAAAAUCCACCCUGUGGUACGUGCGCGGUGCCUAUAUAGUCUUGUUUUCAUCCAUAACCGCGAUUAUCGUGAACAAGAAUCUGUCCAAGAGGUUUUCACAAACUACCUAACUUCAUUUUCGCUAAACAAUACAGGCGCUAAUGGUUGGCAUCCUAGUGAGGCUCGGUUUAUGAUCGAUUUCUUCAAAGCAUUAUCUUUACUACGGAACCGGCUGGGCCAUUCACCACAAAUGGUGAUUGACAUGUUGACCAGAGUACUUGAAGGUAUGAACGGUGUCAACUAUCUCGUACACGCUACUAACAUUGUGGAAUGCUGCUCUUACCUUGUGAUCCCACCAUGUGCACUCAGACACCGUAGUGCAAACGUAACACAGUGUCUUGAUGUAAAGCGUUUAUGGAGAUUGUUAUGGCAUCUAUUUAGGCUGGACGGCAUCCCUGGUAGUGGUAGUUGUCAUCGUGUCCUAACAGCGUCGUUCCUACGAUGUUUGAGUAGACAACCGGUGUUUUUAGAACUCUGUCAUGCCAAGUUUAUGAAUGAGAAGGAUCUAGGGUUUCAGUUUGAUUUCCUUUACUUUAUACCUAGGAGGUCGAACAUUUUCAGACUUGCUCAAGGGCCCUUUGAGCUUGGCCAAACGUACUAUUCUAAACAGGUACACAUUUCUUCCAUCGAGGCUCUUCUACGGGUUCUAAUGACAUGUGCAUUUAUGUUAGAGGAAGAGAGUGAUAUGAAUGCCGAUGUUAAAGGUACUCAUGUUCGCAUGAUAAAAGUGACGUAUGCUACCCAGCUAAAACGCGUUCAGAAGUUUGCAGGUAUCCAUGACGCUACACGUUGUUGUGUUGAUUUAUGUGAGGAGUUGAUCGAACCUGAUUUGAAGGUAGAUGUGUGGGAUGCAUAUGCAAGACUAAUAGAGGAUCUUUCACAAGCUGUUCCCAUUCUGUUUGUCAACCUGGAAUGCCCGUUGGCCCGUAAGACACGUGACCUAUUGUAUGCGCAAUUGCGACCAUAUGCAAUAUCUAAUCGUCAUUGUCAUGUCCAGAUCUUUUUGAAAAUCAGAUCUGCAAUCACGCUACUGUUUGGAUAUGGAUACUACUUUGAUGAUGAUAUCGUGCCGGAUGCUAAACUGGUGGAUCAACGUAUUGACAUGGCCACUAGCGGUAUGAGUAUGCCGCGUAUCGCGGCUUUUAGACGUGUCCAUGGAGAAGGUGCGCGUAGCUCAACAUCAGACUGGAUGGAGGUUGCUGUGGAGGCUAUAAAUGCACUUAAAGAGCUUCCUCAGGCACGGUGGUUCAUUUAUGACCCCGAAUUAUCGUAUGCAGGAUACCGUUCUAUAGUCCGUAAUCCUAUGUGGCUCACAAAGAUUGAGCAGAAAGCUCUGGAGAAGCAAUACGCAAUGCCUAUGCAGUUCAAAGCUGACAUGGCGCUGAUCUUCAAGAACGCAAAAUCGGUAAAUAAGGCUGAUUCGAUGCCUUUUGCCGAUGCUGUAGUUCUCGAGGAACAGUUUGACACAUUAUGGCCUGCAAUCGUUCGUACCUUCCAGCAACACGCCAAGGCUAGGCGAAUGUAG